AUCUCCAAUAGCAAAAUGAGAAUUUUAAUGUCUUGUUUCCUCUUCUUUGCAAUCCAAGUGUUGGUGUAUUACAUGCUCUCACCAACAAAUGCUCUUUCUUUGACUUCAUACACCGAUAAACUUUCUUUGCUUGCUUUGAAGGAAAAACUUACAAAUGGUGUGCCAGAUUCUCUGCCAUCAUGGAAUGAAUCUCAACAUUUCUGUGAUUGGCAGGGUGUUACAUGUGGCCAUCGUCACAUGAGAGUCACUGUCUUGCAUUUUGAAAAUCAAACAUGGGGUGGUACUCUUGGUCCAUCCUUGGGAAAUCUUACAUUUCUCAGAAUACUCAAACUUCAAAACCUCGCUUUGCAUGGUGAAAUUCCAGCUCAGAUUGGUCGAUUGAAGCGCUUGCAAAUUCUUAACUUAAGAAAUAACAAACUUCAAGGAGAGAUUCCAAAAGAGCUUACUAACUGCACAAAUAUCAAUGUAUUUGAUUUGCGGGAAAAUCAUCUCAAAGGAAGAGUUCCAACAUGGUUUAGAUCAAUGAAGCAACUUAUUACCUUGGCUCUUGAGAAGAAUAAUCUAGUUGGUACAAUUCCAUCUUCCCUACAAAAUGUUUCAUCACUCCAAUGGCUAGCUCUUACAGAAAAUCAUUUGGAAGGAACCAUACCUUAUUCUAUAGGUAAGUUGUCAAGUUUGAAACUACUCUAUCUAGCUUUAAACAAUUUUUCAGGCGAAAUACCUCAUUCUCUUUACAACCUAUCAAAUAUUCUAUAUUUUGAUCUGGGAGAAAAUGAUUUAUUUGGUAGUCUUCCAUCAAAUCUAAAUCUUAUUUUUCCUAAUCUUGUUGAAUUCUUAGUAGGAGAUAACCAUAUAACCGGAAACUUUCCUACAUCAAUUUCCAACCUAACCGAUUUGGAAAGAAUUGAUAUAGGAGAGAAUUCUUUUAAUGGUCCAAUACCUAACACUUUGGGUCGAUUAAAUAAACUUGAGAUUUUCUCUAUCGGUUAUAAUAAUUUUGGGAGUGGAAGAGCUCACGAUUUGGACUUUCUUUCCUCAUUAUCCAACUGCACUAAAUUGUCAAUACUCGAUUUUCAAGUUAAUAGAUUUGGUGGUGAAUUUCCUGAUCUUAUAGGUAACUUUUCCACCAAUCUUAUUCGACUUGUUAUGCAAGUUAAUCAAAUAUAUGGAGUGAUACCUAAGCGAAUUGGACAACUUACCGGGUUAACUUACUUAAACCUUGCAAAUAAUUUGUUUGAGGGAACAAUUCCAGAUUCAAUUGGAAAUCUUACAAAUCUAAUAAGAUUGUCCUUGCAAGAAAACCAAUUAUCUGGAAAUAUUCCUACGAGUAUUGGCAAUCUUGCAGUCUUGUCUGAAUUUUAUCUAGCUGAUAACAAAUUAGAAGGACGCAUUCCAUUUACCCUCCGAUAUUGCACCCAAAUGCAAAAAUUAGAUAUUUGUGAUAACAAACUGAGUGGUGAAAUACCUAAUCAAACAUUUGGCUAUCUAGAAGGUUUGAUAAAUUUGUUCUUAUACAACAAUUCGUUGACUGGUCUCAUUCCUUCAGAGUUUAGUAAUUUGAAGCAUCUUUCACAAUUGUAUCUACACUCAAAUAAGUUGUCUGGUGAAAUUCCAAAUGCUCUUGCUUCUUGCUUAUCAUUGACAGAUCUUGGGUUGGGGAGAAACUUCUUACAUGGAAGUAUACCUUUAUUCUUGACUUCUUUAAAAUCCUUAGAAGUCUUAGACAUUUCUUACAACAAUUUCUCAAGUACAAUCCCCUUUCAACUAGAAAACCUGACAUUUUUGAAUUAUUUGGACUUGUCAUUUAACAAUUUGUAUGGGGAAGUUCCCAAAGAAGGUGUCUUUAGCAAUGCCACAACAGUUUCACUAAUUGGAAAUAAGAACCUUUGCGGUGGGAUAUCUGAAUUGAAGCUUCCACCAUGUUUGAAGACACCUUCCAAAAAACAGAAAAGAUCUCAAAAAAAGAAACUUAUCAUAGUUAGUGUAUUUAGUGGAAUUUUGAUCUCUUUCAUAGCUUUUAUGAUUGUGCAUUUUCUUACUAGAAAGUCCAAAAAGUUACCUUCUUCACCAUCUCUGCUAAAUAGGCCACUGAGAGUUACUUACGGAGAGUUACAUGAAGCAACCAAUGGAUUUUCUUCAGCCAAUUUGGUAGGGACAGGAAGUUUUGGAUCUGUUUACAAAGGAUCUCUUCUCAACUUUGAAAGACCUAUUGCUGUAAAGGUGUUGAAUCUUGAAACACGCGGGGCAGUAAAGAGUUUCGUGGCAGAGUGCAAAGCUCUAGGAAAGAUGAAACACCGGAAUCUUGUGAAGAUCCUAACUUGUUGUUCAAGUGUUGAUUACAACGGUGAAGAUUUCAAGGCUAUUGUUUUUGAGUUCAUGUCUAAUGGGAGUCUAGAAAAAUUGUUGCAUGAUAAUGAAGGAUCUGAAAAUCAUAGUCUCAGUCUCUUACAAAGGGUAGACAUUGCUCUUGAUGUAGCCCAUGCGUUGGAUUAUCUUCACCAUGACGAAGACCAGGUUGUAGUUCAUUGUGAUAUUAAGCCAAGCAAUGUUCUUCUUGAUGAAGAUAUUGUUGCCCAUUUGGGAGACUUUGGUUUAGCUAGACUCAUUCAUGGAGCCGCCGAACAUUCAAGUAAAGAUCAAGUUAGUUCCUCAACAAUUAAAGGAACUAUAGGAUAUCUUCCUCCUGAGUACGGAGCAGGCGGUCCAGUAUCAUCGCAGGGAGAUAUCUACAGUUAUGGAAUUCUUCUAUUAGAAAUGCUCACUGGAAAGAGGCCAAUAGAUAACAUGUUUUGUGAGAAUGUAAGCCUACAUCAAUUUUGCAAGAUGAAAAUUCCAGAGCAAAUUCUUGAGGUAGUGGAUCAACGUUUGCUUGAGCCAUUUGUUGAAGAUCAAACAGGGAUUGUGGAAAACAAGGUUAGGAAGUGUUUGGUGAUGUUUACUCAAAUAGGAGUUGCUUGUUCUGAAGAAUUUCCUAACCAGCGGAUGUUGAUAAAAGAUGUUAUAGUUAGGUUGAAUGAAAUCAAAUCAAGGUUGCCAUGAUAUAAACAACAUUGCUACUGUGAUAAUAAUAUAAUUGUGUUCAUAAGAAAUCUUGAGUAGUCUUGUAUCCGUCAAAUGUUUUUUCUUGUGUUAGUUUGAAUUACAAUUUCUAUGUAUUUGGUUAAUAAUUUGUGUUUGUAAUAAGUUGCAUUAAAUGCAAGAUGUUGUUUGGAAAUAUUGUUAGUUAUAUGCAUAUUUAAC